CGCAAACCACGAGGCGGCUCCGGCCCCACGGAACGCCGCCCCGCCCCGGAUGCUGCCGCCCGGCUGCGCUUCCCCUUCCCGGGCCGCGGGCGGCCAUGGCGGCGGUGUGCAGUGCUGGAGGGGCGGGAGCGGCGGAGCGGGCGGCCGAGGGCGGGUUGCUGUACGGCAAUAGGAAUCUCUCCGCUCCCGGUCUCUACGUCCUGCAGCCGUGGAUCGUCGGCUUGCUGCUGAACCACGAGCAGCCCGACGGGAAGAAGUGGCUGACGGGGCAGGUGCUGCGGGUUUUGAGUGGCUCAAGUGCUCCUGGCCAAGGUGAAGUGCAGCAGGAUGCUGUCUUGCAAGUCUCAGACGGCUCCCACUACAUCCGAGUGGUCAUUACAGCAGAAGCUCUGCAGGCAGAAGAAAAUGCCCACAUGCAGUUCAUGCUUUCCAGCCUUAUCUGUAGACUGAUCACCUUGCAGAAGUACACACUGUGUUUCCGGGAGGAGGCCAAGCUGGAGGACUGCGAGUUUUAUCUCACCGCCCAGCGCUUCGUUGUGCUGCCCAUGGAGAGGCAGAGGAUGGAUUCAUCAAAUGUGAACCAGGAGCCCUCUGUGCUACAGAAGAUAAAGGAGCUCUGGCUGAGGAAUCUCUCUAUGGGGACCACUCCUAGCUCAGAGCCGUCCCUCUCUCAGCUGUUAGAAGUGAUAGCACAGGACCAGCUUGAGGUCUUGAAGGAAAACGCUGAGGAGUGCUUGGAUUUGCAGGUGCCCAAAGAGACACCCUCAGCAGAGGCAGACAAGCUCCCUGUGACCCGAUGGGAGGCAGAGCUCCAGAAGGAGCCACAUGAAGACGUCUUCAUAGUCCCAGCCAACAUCCUGCUGAUCCCUGCUGAGGAAGCAGUGGUUGACCGCGCUGCUUCCCAGGCAGCUACGUGUGGAGCAUCUCCUGAGAAGAGCAGCUACGAAAUGACAGUGCCAGGUGAUCAGAGCAUCAUAGCCCAGGCCAGGUCUGCAGAGUCAACAGUACUGUCAGAGGACUCAGAGGCAUCGCUGGACAACCCUUGGAACAGGCUGCCCCCUGUGUCCUUGACCCUGUCCUCUUCAGAAGAGAAGUCCCAUCUGUGUAGCUCUCCACGCGCUCAAGAGGCCCAGCAGGAGGUGGCUGCCGACAGCAACACCCCUGACUUGUUGGAACCUUGUAGCCACGAUUCUCCCCAGGCCUUGCUGCAGGAUGACUCAGUGCAGACUUCAUCUCCCUCGCUGCUCACCUCAUAUUGCAAUAUCAGCCCUGUGAAGGCUGACAUGACCCAGGCAAUGUCAACUGCAGAGGCAGCCUGCUCUGCCCCUUGUGCUGCUCGAGUCCCCCUGCGGCCAGAGGAUUCUCAGGCCAACGUGUCAUCAGUCUCUCCAGUUUUACCUGUCCUGCCCAGCAGUCACUUGGCAUCCCGUGCUGAAAGGGCACCUCACCAGGAGCAGGCGGACUCCAGUGGCACAGCUUUCCCUCUGUAUACGCAGAAGCAUCACCUGGGUGAUGCCAGAGCCAAGGGAGGAGAAUCCCCAAGGAAGACCAGAAGGGCUGUGGGUGCCAAGAGGAAGCUGUUGGUGGGAGAUAGUCAGGCUCUGCCUCACCCAUGUCGGUCCCUUGGUGGACUGCAGCGCAGAAAGCCUCCCCAGCACCCCUCUAAGGGCACGGGGAGAGAAGUGGGCAGGAAGCUGGAGUUCACGAGCCCACAGAGAGCAAAGAAGAGCAGAAGGGAGAUAGGGCCACAGUGUGAAGAAGAAUCCCUUGAGGAAGAGCUGGACGAGGAGGAGGAAUUGGAACUGGAUGAAGAGGAGCUGGAGCUAGAUGAGGAGGAGGAGCUGGAUGAAGAAGAGGAGGAGGAGCUGGAUGAAGAAGAGGAGGAGGAGGAGCAGCAGGCAUCAGUGAAAAGUCCCAACUACCACCUGGAGCAGCACAGAGAUCUGCAGCCGUAUGUGAAUGAGAAUCCACCCCGCUACAAAUACGAGCCCCCCGGCCCAGAGCUCUGCAAGCAGAUACAAUCCAUCAGGCUCUCCAAGGCGAUGAUGAUGUGGGCGAGCUGGAUUGUCACGGAAAGGGAUGUGGACUUUUGAGAUGAGACCAUGCGGAGGUUGAGCGUGCUCAUCUCCUUUCUUCAGCCUGUUCAGCAACCUUCCUUUAAAGCUGCAUGUCCCUCAGGGGCCGCUGGGUGGUGGCUGGCCAGGCAUCGGGGACCCUGGCAGCGACAGAUCCUCAGUUUUGAGAGAGAGAACGCCGCCUGUUUGGGGAUGCUGCAGUGCGUGAGCUGGGCUCGUUCUCACCUCAGUGCUAUGCUGCACCCGUGGUCUUUCCAUUGCAGCCUAGAGCAAACAGCCUGCAAGGAGAGGGAACCUGUGCCCACUGUAGCAUGGGCAGCAGCGAUGGCAGAUGCAGGCACCAGGCCCUGGAACCUGAUCCCCUUCCUGAAGCCAGCGCAGCAUUUGGACAUUUAUUGACUCGGUUUCGUUGAGUUCCACACUCUUUCUUAACAAAAUAUCCAGCAAGGUUUGUGUUGUUAAAAUUAAAAGUCAUAUAUUUUUUAAA